AUGCACUCCGCUUUGGCUCUGGGGCUGGUCUUCAGCGGGUGUUGCAGCAACGUGGUUUUCCUGGAGCUGCUGGUGAGGGAAUUUCCAGGAUGUGGGAACUUAAUCACCUCUGCCCAGUUCUUAUUCAUAGCCAUCGAGGGCUUCAUCUUCGAAGCCGACUUUGGAAGGAAACGGCCUGCUAUACCAAUCAGGUACUACCUGGUCAUGGUGGCCAUGUUCUUCACAGUCAGCGUGGUGAACAACUACGCCCUCAACCUGAACAUUGCAAUGCCGCUGCACAUGAUAUUUAGAUCGGGGUCUUUGAUCGCAAGCAUGGCGCUGGGCAUCAUUAUUUUGAAGAAAAGGUAUAGCGUCUACAAAUACGCCUCCAUAGCCCUCGUGUCGUUGGGCAUCUUCACCUGCACCUUCAUGUCUGCAAGGCAAGUGGUAAGGAAUUCUGCCUCCCCCCCCUUCCCCCAAGAUCUCAGCUGCCGAUCGAAGACCGAGCCCCUCUCCCUCUUGAUGUUCUGUCUUCUUGGCAUCGCGGCACUGACGUUCGCCCUCCUGAUGUCUGCCAGGAUGGGGAUCUUCCAGGAGACCUUGUACAAGCAGUUCGGCAAACAUUCGAAAGAAGCCUUGUUCUACAAUCACGCCCUGCCAAUCCCCGGCUUCUUUCUCCUGGCUCCUGACAUCUACAGGCACGCGGUGCUCUUCACCCAGUCCGAACUAUUCCAAGUCCCAGGGUUGGGCAUGAACUUGCCCAUCAUGUGGUUCUACCUCAUCAUGAACGUCAUCACUCAAUACGUUUGCAUACGGGGUGUCUUCAUCUUGACCACCGAGUGCACCUCCCUCACCGUCACGCUGGUGGUGACGCUCCGGAAGUUCGUCAGCCUCAUCUUCUCCAUCCUGUACUUCAGGAACCCCUUCACCACCUGGCACUGGAUCGGCACCCUCUUUGUCUUCGUGGGGACCCUGAUGUACACCGAGGUUUGGAACACUCUGGGGCCUCGGAAGGAUCCGGAGAAGAAGCAUGACAACAAGAAGUGGGAGUGACUCUGGACUCCGCUGGAAAGCUCAUG